CUUCCUGCCGCUGCCGUUGCUUUCUGCAUGUGGGACCAAUAUGGGCAAUGCAGAGUUUAAACAGUUGCAAAUAGGGGAGGGAACAUCGGCGCUUGUUUUACAUAUCGUUUUGGUUUUUUUCUCCUUGCUUGGGUUGAAUUUAAAGCGGAGUCGGUGCAUUGUUCAGGAGGCUUCGCGCCCCCAGUGCAUUGACAGCAGCUACUGUUUACACGGACUGUUCAUUCCUGCGCUGUUUGCUUAUGGAAAAUAAGGGGGAGUGACAAAGAGAAGAGAGGAAAGGAAGAAGGGCAGAGAGGGAGGCACUGGCCGAGGUGCAGAGCAGAAGCCUUGCUCUUGCCCGACCAUUAACGUCGCUGGAAGAGCCGCUGCCGCCCGGCUCCUAGCCCGCCACGGCCUGUGUGGUCAGCCGGGCAAAGGGCUGCCCCCGCCGUCCCACACGCUUCUCCGCCUGUACGUAUACGCACACACAGAGCCUCCGAACGUGCCUCCGCAGGCAUGAGACUCCGGCUGCUCCUGUGUAUCGUGUUUUUCCUCCUGGCGAGCCUCCUGCCUGCCGACGGACAGCGGACAGCCAACCUGGCCCUGCGCAGGAAGCUCCACCGGCCCGGCUGCUCACACCGGCGCUGCGUGCCGCUCCACUCCAGGGUGCCCUUCCCCUGAGCGCCACUGGAGCCUGGCCCAGCAAUUUCAUAAUGGGCUUUUCAGUGUUUUAAACGAGCAAAAAUUAAAUCGAUGGACAAGUUAGUCAGCAGUCCAGAUCAACAACAGCUGACCUGAGAGAGCCACUGCAGUCCUGUCUUCAGCAGUCCUGUCUGUCACAUUCGCAAGACCUGGAAGGCCCUGGCUCACACCUUAGGAAGUGGGGAGGGGAGAAAUGGAGGGUGGUGAUGGGAGGAUGUACAUGAAACUUACCUGGCUGAAACAUUCCAUAUAAAUUCCUUGGCUCUCAUAAGGACUACUGAAAGUUAAAGACCAAAUCAAACAUCAGGUACAUGAGAUGGAUUUUCAGUGGAUCUGUCCAAAGGGACUCUUAAUGGUCUAUACUGUUCAGACUGAAACUGGAUGUGCUGUUGACUACUUAAUUCUCGCUGUGUGUAGGGCAGCAUUUAGGGUGAAACAACAUCGGACUCCAGCACAGAAGGUGAAAGUCCAUUUUUUUGUUUAUACUUUUAUAUAUUAAUAAUAUAUACAUGUAUAUUUUUACAGCUAACAUUACAUCUUUAUGGAAUUGCCUUAAUAAUAAUGUAGAAUGUAUUACUGUAAUAGUACCAAAGUCAUCACUAUACUACUGGUCCUACUGGCUUCACGUAUAGUAACCAUAGUAGGAGUUUACAAUGUAAGAAAGCAAAGAAAGUAUUAUCCUUCAUUCUAUAGAUAGAGAAUUGAAGCACACAGAGAUAAGAGAUUAGCCAAGGGUCAUGCAAAACUUUGAUAACUCGUUAUCCCUCAACUCAGGCCUUAAGGUCAAGCCCAUCUUCCUGUCUAAUGAGCUGUUACUGCAAAGCCUAUCGUUUGUUUUCUUAAACUGAGCUGCCAAACCAGACAGCUGAAACAUACUUGAAAAUUCAGUACUAUAGAACUAUUUGCUUAAUAGUAGUUUUCCUAAAAUACCCACCACAGUAUUAUAAAUAGAGCAUAAAAAUAGACCAUUGAAAAGAAACCUUUGUUUGGUGAACCCCAGUGUUGCGUAGUACUCUAUUCCUGUAAUUUAAAUGAAUGGGAUAUAUGGAACACAGCACUACAAUGAAUGAGGACUUCAAACAAAAAACAGACCGUUCUUUUCAGUCCUGGAGGUCAAAAAUACAUUGAGCUUUUAUUUUAUGUUUUGUUUUCAAAAAUGUACAUUUCGCAUGUUUUUAUAGCACCAGAAAUUCCAAACCUCCAUAUAAAGGAAAACAUGGUAGCCCUUGCAUUAGCAGAACUAAACCAAACCUGAAAUAAGUCAUACCCAGAUUUUUAAGCCAUUACACUAGAUUCGCAAUUUCCACAUUUUUUGUAAGUUGUAUAAAGGUGACUGAAGAUCAGCAGUGCCACGGUUUAAAUCCAGUAUCAGAUUUUUGUCUUGCAACACAGUUUCUAAUAAGAACAGCAAUCAAAAAAAGCAGACAGCUGAAACCUUCUGAUCAGUGUCUGUAUCUAACCCCUCAUCUCUAAGAACUUGAAACCUGAAUCAGAUUCAUACUGGCAGAGCUUAACAGAAGUUUCAAAUGUCUCUGUAUAGAGGGAGAAAAAAACCCCAAAACCAAAACCCAACGAACUCAAAAAACCCAAAAAAACCAAACAUCACACCUUAUUCUGGAGUUCUGGAAAAUCAUCAUAAAAGAUGGUCAAACUUAUCUAUACCAACAUCCCUGCAGGUAAACCUUUGGAGUUUUGAAGAAAAAAAACCAAACCAGUUUUCCAAAAUUGGAGGCAUACUACCACUAAUUUUAUUUUUUAAUUAUUUAACUUGGCUUUCAUAUGUAUCCAUGGCUAUCUCUGUUUAGAAGUAGAGGUAAAGAGUAUGGGAAAGCAAGAAAUGCAAAGAGUAACUAUUUUAACAGUUAUAAAUGAGUAUACGGAUUUAGUGUGGCACUGGAUAUUUUAUAUAACCAUAAUUCAGUUAACUUUGAUAAAAUAAUAAGCAUAAUGUAUCUUAGUGAAGAGCUACAUAUACACAUUCCUUUACAGAUGUAAAAAUAAAUAAAGCAAGUACCAAAGCGCCCUAGGAAGCCCACUGUCAGCCUACAAAAUUAUUUUAAAUGUCUGGUUUUUUAGACAUGAUGAUAUCAUAAAAUCUUUGAAAAAGGCAUUGAUUGUGAUUUUUGAUAGAUAAGUUUAUCAACUAGCUGGUUGAGUGUAUAUUUUGUAAAAAGAUGGUAUGCACUUCAAAUAACAUCUCACUUUAAAUAAACUUUUUAUACUUCUCAAAAUUUACAUUCUUUGGCUGUUGAAGUCAAUGCAGCAAGAGAAAAAUGUAGAUUUGUCUAGUUUCCUGUAGAUUCAUAUGGAAUCGGUGUGUAAACAGUUUUCUCACUCAAUUUCUGACACCAAUAAAUAGUAGUUUUCAUGGAAA